CUGACCCGAUGGGGACAGGCAACUUGGCCCUCGACCCGUGGGCGCUGCCACCCCGCGGAGGAUACCCUUCCUCGAGCUCUGGCCCCUCAUCUUGGGGCGUCCUCUCCCGGGGCCCGGGAUUGGCGUCUCCGAGCCCGGCAGUGGUGGGUAGCAGCCCGCAGGUGUCUGCUGCAGCCACCUGAACUUCCAGGAUGUUUCACGGGAUCCCAGCCACCCCAGGCAUGGGAGCCCCUGGAAACAAGCCGGAACUGUACGAGGAAGUGAAGCUGUACAAGAACGCACGGGAACGGGAGAAGUAUGACAACAUGGCAGAGCUGUUUGCGGUCGUGAAGACCAUGCAGGCCCUGGAGAAGGCGUACAUCAAGGACUGCGUCACGCCCAACGAGUACACUGCAGCCUGCUCCCGCCUCCUGGUUCAGUACAAAGCUGCCUUCCGGCAGGUCCAGGGCUCCGAGAUCAGCUCCAUUGACGAAUUCUGCCGCAAGUUCCGCCUGGACUGCCCGCUGGCCAUGGAGAGGAUCAAGGAGGACAGGCCCAUCACCAUCAAGGACGACAAGGGCAACCUCAACCGCUGCAUCGCCGACGUGGUCUCGCUCUUCAUCACGGUGAUGGACAAGCUGCGCCUGGAGAUCCGCGCCAUGGACGAGAUCCAGCCUGACCUGCGGGAGCUGAUGGAGACCAUGCACCGCAUGAGCCACCUGCCGCCCGACUUCGAGGGCCGCCAGACAGUCAGCCAGUGGCUGCAGACCCUGAGCGGCAUGUCGGCGUCCGACGAGCUGGACGACUCCCAGGUGCGCCAGAUGCUGUUCGACCUGGAGUCGGCCUACAACGCCUUCAACCGCUUCCUGCACGCCUGAGUCCGGGCCCCGCCUCUGCCGGGGCGGGGCCUCUCGGCCUCCCAGUGCGGCCCGCGGCCCUCGGACCCCUGGACUCUCCACAGCAGCCCUCUGUCCCCGGGGUCUCGGCCCCAGAGCCCCUUCCCCGCAAUAAACAUGUCUUCUGAGCUUC